AUGUCGAGAUCCGUACGUGCUGAGACCAGAAAUAGAGUUAAAGAUGAUAUCAAAAGGGUAAUGCAAGCUGUUGAAAAAGUUCGCCAUUGGGAAAAAAAAUGGGUGACUAUCGGUGAAACGACUAUGAAAAUUUACAAGUGGGUGCCAAUAUCUACGAAUGAGCAAAAGAAGAAACACGCUGCUAAACGGGAAAAUAAAGAAAACACUUUAACACCGAAAAAGUUACACGAUUCGGCGAAUUCAAACUUUGCUAUUGCCGAAGACUCCAAUACGUGUUUUUCUACAGUCAGUGAUUCCCAAGGUGCAACAGAGUUCACCUCAACGCAUAUGAACUUUUCCGAGGACUCAAACUCCCAAAGCAGUGGUACCACAACACCAGCCAAGAGAUUAAAAACAGACUGA